UAACACUAUAUCUAACUCGAUUAGUUUAAGGUGAUACAAACAACCGUUAGGUGAACAAAACAUGAUGCCAGAGUAUAAAAAUGGCUAUUGCCGCUUGUCAUAGCAUGGAAAUAUAUGAGUUUCUUCUAUCACCAAUGGUUUUUUUGCUAUGCUGAUUUUUGUUAAAAAAAACAGCGAUUGAAAUAUUAUUGUUAUAUUAUUUUAUUAACCAAAGAGUAGCAUAAAAUGUUACUGUCGAUGUUUGACGGCGAUAUUUUGUUUUUGGAGUACCCAUUAACAAUGCCAAGUCGUAUUCGGCAUAGCAGAAAUUUUCAGUCACAAGAUCUUUGUAAUUGUCAGCAUUCACAUUUCCAAUACAAUUUUUAACAACGCUUUCAAAUGUUUUAUCUUUCUUUAGUUCUCUUAUUUGCGGACCCACAAAUAUGCCUUCAUUAAUUUUUGCUUCACUGACUCUUGAAAUUUUUGUUUUAGAUACAAGAACCGUCUUCCAUUUCUGUUCAUUGCCUUAACAAAAUUCUUCAUUAAACCCAAUUUAAUAUGCACAAAGGCUGAUCUUUUUUGGGAUCAACUAGAGGUUCACUGGUAACACUCUUUUAUUUCGUAGUGAAUACCGCAAAAAGGGAGACCCCACAAUCUGCGCCAACUACCGUGAGAUAAGCCUCCUCAACAUCACGUAUAGUUCUAUCGAGCGUAUUGUGUGAAAGAUUAAAGCCCACAACAAACUGAUUGGACCGUAUCAGUGUGGGCUUAGACCUGGCAAAUCAACAACCGACCAGAUAUUCACCAUACGCCAAAUAUUGGAAAAGACCCGUGAAAGGAGAAUCGACACACACCAUCUCUUCGUCGCUUUCAAAACUGCUUUCGACAGCACCAAAAGGAGCUGCCUUUAUGCCGCGAUGUCUGAAUUUGGUAUCCCCGCAAAACUAAUACGGCUGUGUGAAGUGACGUUGAGCAAUACCAGAAGCUCCGUCAGGAUCGGGAAGGACCUCUUCAAGCCGUUCGAUAUCAAACGAGAUUUCAGACAAUGCGACUCUCUAUUGGACGGCUUCUUCAACCUGCUGCUGGAGUAAAUAAUUUGAGCUGCAGAACUGAAUAGAGCAGGUACAAUCUUUUAUAAGAGUAAACAGCUGCCGGCGUAUCGCGAUGAUAUUGAUAUCAUCAGCCUUAACACCCUCGCCGUUAGUUCUGCUUUCUCCAGACUGGCCAAGGAACAAAGCAAAUGGGUCUGGCAGUGAACGAGGACAAGAUGAAAUAUUCCCGGUCAUCAACCAAACAGUCGUCGCACUCGCAACUUGGCUCUCACGUCGCUGUUGACAGUCAUAACUUCGAAGUUGUAGAUAAUUUCGUCUAUAUUGGAACCAGUGUAAACACCACCAACAAUGUCAGCCUGGAAAUCCAACGCAGGAUAACUCUUGUCAACACGUGCUACUUCCGACUGAGUAGGCAAUUGAGAAGUAAAGUUCUCUCUCGACGAACAAAAACCAAACUCUAUAAGACACUCAUAAUUCCCGUCCUGCUAUAUGGUGCAGAGGCUUGGACGAUGACAACAACUGAUGAGUCGACGUUGCGAGUUUUCGAAAGAAAAGUUCUGGCCACGCCGCAUAUCACAUUCGUUGGUAUGAUGAGCUGUAUGAGAUAUGUAUAUGACGACAUUGACAUAGUUCAAAGAAUUAAAAGACAGCGUCUACGCUGACUAGGUCAUGUUGUCGGAAUGGACGACACUCCAGCUCUGAAAGUUUUCGAUGCAGUACCCACCCGGGGGGAAGCAGAGAAGGAGAAAGACCUCCACUCCGUUGAAAGGACCAGGUGAAGAAAAAGCGGGCUUCGCUUUGAAUAUCCAAUUGGCGCCACGUAUCGAAUAGAAGAAGCGACUGGCGCGCUGUUGUUACCUUGGCUAUAAAGCGGUGUCUACUCCAAUAAAGAAGAAUAAGUGAGUGCCUGCAGAACUUAAGCGAAGAAAGACCGAUUGAGACAACGUGUGAGGAGACGUAGAUCAUUGGCAUCAUACAAUCGCUUGGCAUUCCAGUAUGAUCCCACCAAGUGAUCCCGAUUCCAGCUAUUUUCUUCAACACUUCCUUGAAUACUAUAACUGCUUUCGCGUGACUUCCUUUGGAGCUAAUAUCAUUCGAGAAGGCGGCUUCUUGUCGACUUACAAGUAAAAAAUACAACACACAUUACCAAUCACUCACACCAACACAAUGAAUUGCAACACAUAACAACUACAUAUACACUACACCAUCACACAAUCAGAAGUUACACCGUGUUCUACAACAAUUGAUGGUUUGCAAUUACAGAUACAAGGACAAAUAUAUCAUUUGCGUGGUUCUAUGGUGCCAACACCAGAUGAACCGCAUCAAUUUCUGCAAAUAUAUUUCAUUUCGUCGAUGGUGGAUCAGCUGAAUAUGCGGUGCAAUAUGCAGGGAACACAACAGUUAAUUAGACGAAUUAUUGAACAGUUGCAAGCAUUUUUUCACGCUAAUAAUGCUGUAGUUAAUAUGUUCAAAACAGCAUUGGAACGAAUGCCAUCGGAUACGCACAAAUUUGUCAUAAGAGCGGAUCGCACCCCAAUAGGUGAACAUGUGCGAAGAUUCAAUGCACCCACCGUUAAUGAUGUUGCUGCAAUUAUUGUUGGCGAUCCAACUAAAUCACGAGACAUUGUCGUUCAGCGAAGAAGAAAUAUCAUGCAUCGUGUAAACGAGACACAUCGUUUGUACGAUGCGUUACAAUAUCCAAUCAUUUAUUGGCAAGGACAAGACGGAGACGACAUUACGUUGAAGAUGGUCGAUCCAAAUACAAGCAUAUCAACGAAUAAAAAUCUAAGCGCAAUGAAUUACUAUGCGUAUCGUAUGAUGAUUCGAACACAUGAGGAGAAUGUCAUUCUCAAGUGCCGUUGGCUAUUCCAGCAAUUCGCUGUCGACAUGUGUGUCAAAAUCGAGACCGAACGUUUAGCGUUCAUCUGAUUCAAUCAGGCAAAGCUACGAUCUGAGGACUAUAUACACUUGCGUAUUGCUAUUCAUUCAGAUGGUGAUGUUCAGAAUAUUGGGCGUCUGACCAUUCUCCCAUCAUCUUAUAUCGGAAGCCCACGCCACAUACACGAAUACGCUCAAGACGCUAUGACGUACGUGCGAAAUUAUGGAACUCCGAAUUUAUUUAUUACGUUCACAUGCAAUCCGAAGUGAACGGAAAUUUAACGUGAGUUAGAACCGGGCCAAAAACCGCAAGAUCGCCGUGACAUAAUCGCCAGAGUACUUCAGCAAAAACUCAAGGUUAUGAUGGAAGUGCUUACUAAGUAUCGAGUUUUUGGUGACACACGUUGUUAUAUGUACUCGGUGGAAUGGCAGAAGCGUGGACUAUCAUGCUCAUAUCCUAAUUUGGUUGUUGAACAAAUUACAUUCAAAUGAAGUGGAUGACAUCAUAUCAGCUGAAAUUCCUGAUCCAGUCGUUGAUCCCCAUCUACACGACAUUGAGGCGACAUAGAUGGUGCAUGGACCGUGCGGUGUUUUAAAUCCAUUAUCGGUUUGCAUGGCUGAUGGAAAGUGCACAAAACGAUAUCCGCGACCGUUAGUUGCUGAAAUAGUCAUAUGGAACGAUGGAUAUCCAGUUUUUCGUCGGCGUUCAAAAGAUGACGCACGGAAUUUCACAAUUCAAUCAAAAAUUGCUGGGGAUUUGGUGACAUACAAAUCCGUUGAUUCCAUAACAAAUCCCGAAUUAUCCAACGGAGUUUUUGAACUCUCUGGAGAUACUAGGAUUUCCACAUAACUUGCAACUCAAAGUUGGUACAGUUAUUAUAAUAUUGGGUAAUUUGAAUCCAUCGCGACUUUGCAACGGUACUCGACUUUCGGUAAACGUAUGCCGAAUUUGAUUGAGGCAACCAUUAUUAACGGAAAGUACGCAGGUGAAAUACCAAUGAUUCCGACUGAUCUUCCGUUUGACUGAUUUUGCGUUUAACUUCAAACGAUUACAAUUUCCAGUUCGCCUUGCGUUCGCAAUGACAACAAGUCGCAAGGCCAAUCGCUUAGUGUUUGCGGGACGUCAGUAUAAAUUUAGAAAAUCAUUUUUUUCACAUGGGCAGUUAUACGUUGCGUGUUCAGGAGUUGGGAAACCAUCCGCUUUGUUUGUGUUAACGUCAGACCAAAAAACAAAAAAUGUGGUUUACCAAAAAGCACUUCAAUGAAACGGAUAAUUUACAGACAUGUAUAAUGCUUCGAUUCAGUAUUUACUUUGGAUUCACUUUCAUUUACUUAGAGAAGUUCAACUAAAUAACACUUCACUUUUGUAAUCGAAAUGAGUUCAUUACUGUUGUGAAAUGAAAUAUAAUUUUUCCUUUUCAUAACAUAAAACAUAAAGCGAAGCCAUCUGAUGGCGAAACGGAGUUCGCCGGGUUUGCUAGUACCAAUAUAUUUCUUUUAUUUAUUUGAGGUCUCGAAUACAAAAAACUGAAAACAAGUGUUCAUAUUUGUCUUAAUUUUAACUCAAUACUCAUCCAAAAAAUAUAUAAUUUUGUUUUUUUACAUUUUCAUCGGUCAAAAUAAGGUUUCCCUUGUUGCCAACUACUUUUUUUUUUGUGAAAAACCUUACUAUUGUGAAUGAAAAAAAGCGAUGAACUGGCAAUGCCUCUAGUUCAGUAUAAAAGUUAUGAUAGCUUAAGCCAAGCCAACAUAAUUUUGUUGGAUAAGUCUUCCAUACAAAGUAAGCUAAUAGCAUAAUUUGCGGGUCGAAUAAAAUACGCCUAAUAUCAAACAUAGUAAUUUGAAUUAAUUGUAUCAAACGUGAUUUUAUCCUUGUAUCUUAAUAUUAACUUAUUACAUUCAAAAAAUCAACACUAGAUUUAUAAAAGCAAAACUAAUAUUUUAUAUAAAAAU